AUGGCCGAUUCUUUUGUCAAACAUCCAAAUGGACCCGGGUGUCAGACGCAAGCUUUCCUCCUUCACACCUUCGUGGGCGCUGAUGCUAUGUGGACUCUGGCUAUGGCAGUCAAUGUUUACCUCGCCUUCUACCAUCGUUUCGAUGCGCAGCGAUUACGAAAGAUGGAACUACCUUAUCUAAUAUCCUGCUACGGUAUUCCCUUUCUACCAGCGUUUAUCUUUUUCUUUAUUAAGAACGGUGAUGGCGUUCGCGUAUACGGCAGUGCUGUCCAAUGGUGUUGGAUCACACCUGAGUAUGACAUUUUGCGUAUUGCGACAUUCUACGGCCCGAUCUGGGUCGUCAUCACGAUCACUCUAGGUAUUUACGUCCGAUCCGGCGGCACGAUCUAUCGAAAACGUCAACAACUUCUAAAAGCCCAAGGAUCCGGUUCCGGCUCAGGAGGCCUCUCAUACGCCAACCAAAGUUCGACCAAUUAUGUCAAAACAACCGAAGUAACCAUCGUACGCGAGUCGAUACAUCAGCCAGAGGCGGUUCAGCUCCAGAACUUGGGUCAUCAAGCGUCAGUUCGCGUCCACAAGCCAACGAUUGACCGAGAAGACACUCGAGCAAGCGUAGCUGCGAACCCACAGCCAAACAACCCGAAGCCAUCCGUGCGACCGAGCAACGAUGUUUACAAGGCAGCAUGGGCAUAUACAAAAGUCGCCAUGCUUUUCUUCGUCGUCAUUCUGACUACGUGGAUUCCCUCAAGCGCCAACAGAAUGUACUCGCAUAUCCACCCCGAUCAAGUUAGCAAGCCAUUGCAGUUUAUGAGCGCGACCGUCCUUCCACUCCAAGGGUUCUGGAACGCUGUCAUUUAUGCAGUCACCAGUAAGGCGGCUUGCAAAGCCCUACUAGAGGAAAGGGGCCUCUGGGUCCAGAAGACGCAAUUGAACGAGCCAACUUGGGGCGAACAGAGACGAAGUAAGAGCAGGACCAUAUUGGGCUCGAAGCCAGAAGACUCGGAGAGUUUACGAGAGUUGGCGCGUCCAGCCAAGUCUGAUGAUGGAAGAAGCGUAUGA